AUGGGCCCCAAACCCCACCAAGACGGAGCCGCGGGGCCAGCCCCCCCAAAAAGUGCUCUGGCAGCGGUAGGCUCCUCUCCCCGAACCGCACCACCUGGAAGCUUCCCAGCCACCCGCCCCCACUUUCACCUUCCAAGCCGGAUGAGGCCGACAGCUGAGGUGACCCGAAGCAAUGCCAUCCGUCGCCCUUCCAGUGGACCACCAAACCGCAAGGACUCCGAGGUUAAUGGUUCCUUGGCCCUCGGCCUUACCCCUACCUCCCCUCCACCUCCAAUUCCUCUCACUCAGAUGCCUCCCAUGAAGACCUCCACUCUUCCUCUUGCCCCUCUUCCUCCUGUUCUCCCAGUUCUCCCUUUUCCUCUCCCCCCUCGUCGUGCACGAGUUCCUCACCACCGCAACGCCAUGAUCAUCUUGGCCCCUCAAGACCUUCCUCAAGAGCUUCGGGACAUCCAACUCGAUGUAUCAAUUACCCAAGAUGACUCAACCUGA